AUGGUCAAGCACAACAGGUGGAUGGCUCUUCAGGAUAAACUGGGUGGACUGGACCCAGAUGAGUGUGAGGAGGAGAAGUGGUUGGAGGAGGAGCUGAUUGAUCCACCAUCGACAUCCGGUACCAGCCACACACAGACUGCGAAGUAUAAAGGUGCAAAGCCAGAGCGGCAUGACCUCUUCCGAGGGUGGCAAUACCAACCCAAGUACCAGAUGUCUGAGGCACUCCUCAAGGAGCUGAUGACCCAUAUUAGGCAGUGGAAGGUGCAUAAAAAGCCCUUCCAGUUCCAAGGGAUGUGCCAGUGGAAAGUGAUGAAGAAGGAGCAGGGAAGGGAUAUGGACAAGAGGCUUGUGUGUGAGGUUGCAAAUGAGCUUGUUUUGUACAUUGGCAUGCCAUUCAGCACAAACCUCAAGGACACUAAGGUGGUGUUGUGGGGGGAGAUAUUGCCCUUCUGUGUGAGUGUGCUGCAGAUGCCAGUGGGGGGGGAUGGCACUGGCCUGUGGAGGACCACUCAUUGA